AUGCCGGAUCCGCCCGGCGCCGAUGCGCCCCCGCCCGAGGACCUAUUGGGUGGUAAUGGCGCGAGUGAUUCAUCACUCAACACGCAAACGCGUGAAGCGGUCACUGGAGGAACCGCGAAUCCUCCAGCUUGGUCGCCCGAGGCAACUCAGGUCCGGUUGGACCAUGAGAAGCUGAUGAAGAAGACCUUCCAAGUGCUCGGGAUUGUUCCCUCCAGCAAGUCGACCCACCGACUGAUGGUCCUGAUGCACGACGCCUCGACCCCGCCUUCGCAGGCGCCAGCGCUCGCACGAGCCGCCCAAAGAGCGGUGCGAAACGACGCAGCCCCGGCCUCCAAUGUGAUUCGAGUCAUUAUGGAUGGUCCUGGAUCACCCAGAGGUCCUGUACAGACCGCGCUGCGCAAGCACUUUGGAUUGGCCGAGACGCCGUUCAUGUUCGCGCGGCCCGAGGGCGUCGUGCUUGACCCCGAGGUCGAGAAGCUUUUCUCGAAAUGCGUGAAGCUGAACCCGAUUGUGACGAAAGCCACGAAGAGGUUCCCGAUCGCUCGUCACAUGUACGAGCUUGUAUUCGAAUCCGAGCAAGCUUGUCUUGAAGCCGCUUCAGCGGGCCCAUUCCCCUACCACGGCAAGGAGAUGGUUACCGAGCUCCCCAGUGCCUCUCCCCUUAACCACGUCGUGCAGGUGCGAUUCACCUUGCCCUCCUCCUCCAGCGCAAUCCCCGCUUCCGUGCUCCGAAAAUCUCUCGAUGAUGCUAUCACCCUUUCGUUCGGCCGCGCAGGUCGCACGCAAGGUUAUACCCUGAUGCAAUUACAGCGGGGCCUCGCGGUCGAUCCGAAUGGCGAUCCGAUGGCCAUGACCGAAGACGGGUUCCACUGCGCGUACCUUCGCUUACAUGCUGAUCUUUUCCAAGGCUCCAUCGAGACGCAGAAGGGUGCGCUCAAUGCCGCUUUGCCACAAGAGAUCGAGAUCCUGGGCGCCAAGUACGGCUUGCGACACAAAUUCGAGACGCACUACUGCGCGGUGUGCGAUCGCGCCGGACACCAGUGGGGCGCUUGCAGGAAGCCGGUUUCGACUCCGGCCACCGCCGCCCCUGUUCCGGGGGCCUCGACCUCGACUUCGACUUCGACCACCGGCUUCCGAGUUGCUGGAAAGAAUGGGAAGCACGGUGGGCCUGCCGCAUUGAACUCUCGUGUCUCUGGCGCGAACAUGAUCCAGCUGGGACCUCGUGCUAACCCCGCAGGUGCAGUAACCGCCAACAAGGACGACGCGAACGACGGCGACGACGAGUUGGUCGUUUCGACCGAACCGGAGGGCGGCGACACUGGGGAAGAGACGUCGACGCGUGCGACCCUGGGCUCAACAAAGGAGACGCAGACGACGACGGCGGCACCCGUUUCGACCCCGACCUCUCCUUUGCCUUUGUCCGGUGGCACAUCGGGAUCAUCGGCAACCUCGACAACCUCGAUAGCCUCGACGAGUCCUCGACGCCUUCGUUCGAGCUCGGCACCCGGCAACCGACGUGUCACCCGGGCGGGAUCCGCCAUGAUCCUCGGUGCAUCAGGGGGUGAUGGCUCAGGGGGUCACAGGUCCGAGGUGACCGAAUUCGAGGGGGGCGGCGCUGAACUGAUUUAA